GCGUAAAACCUCUCCACGGCUGGAUAUAUAUACACUCUCUCUCAAACACCAAGAGCUUAACAAAGAUACAACACAGAGCCAACAAAAUCAGUACGUACGUAGCGUUGUCAUGUGCACAAGUCCAUCUUAUCGACAAUGAAGCGUAGUAUCCGCCACCUCGUUCUUUUCCUGCUCCUCGCCUGCGCCGGCGUUGCACCGGCAAGCGGCGCCGGCGGAGGGAAGUGGAACCUCCUGCAGCGCAGCAUCGGGGUGUCGGCGAUGCACAUGCAGCUCCUGCACAACGACCGCGUCAUCAUCUUCGACCGCACCGACUUCGGCCAGUCCAACCUCUCCCUUCCCGACGGCCGCUGCCGACGCAACCCCCGCGAGCGCGUGCUCCCCGUGGACUGCACCGCGCACUCCGCCGAGUACGACGUUGUGUCCAACACGUUCCGCCCGCUCACCGUCUUCACCGACACCUGGUGCUCGUCGGGCACCGUCGCGCCCGACGGCACGCUCGUACAGACCGGCGGGUGGAACGACGGGUACCGCAACGCGCGCACCAUGGCCGCGUGCGGCGGGGACGACGACGACAAGAGCUGCGACUGGUCCGAGACGCAGGACGCGCUCGCCGCGAACAGGUGGUACGCCACCAACCAGAUCCUCCCCGACGGCCGCGCGUUCAUCGUCGGUGGACGGAGGCAGUUCAGCUACGAGUUCUACCCAAAGGCAGACGCUUCUGAUACUUCUGUCAUGCAAAUGCCAUUUUUGGUACAGACCAGGGAUCCCGAGGAGAACAAUCUUUACCCUUUCGUACAUCUCAACAUAGAUGGUAACCUUUUCAUCUUCGCCAAGAACCGCGCCAUUCUCUUCGACUACAAGAAGAACAAGAUCGUGCGGACGUACCCUGUGCUGGCCGGCGGUGACCCGAGGAACUACCCCAGCUCGGGCUCGUCGGUGCUGCUCCCUCUGAAACCCAACCCCACCGAGGCUGAGGUGCUGGUUUGCGGCGGCGCGCCAGCCGGCUCCUACAACUCCACGAAGGUUGGCACCUUCGUCCCGGCGCUGGUGACUUGCGGUCGGAUCAAGAUCACCGAGGCCGCGCCGUCGUGGGUCAUCGAGACAAUGCCGUCGCCGCGGGUGAUGGGGGACAUGAUUCUGCUGCCGAACGGCGCGGAGCUGGCGAUCAUUAACGGCGCCACGGACGGCACUGCCGGGUGGGAGUCCGCCAAGACCCCAGCGUACGCGCCCGUCAUCUACCGGCCCGACCAUUCGCCGGGGGACCGGUUCGAGGUGCAGAGCCCGACGGGCAUAGCGCGGCUGUACCACUCCUCGGUGGUACUCCUCCGCGACGGCCGGCUCCUCGUGGGCGGCAGCAACCCGCACGUGUACUACAACUUCAGCAACGUGCAGUUCCCCACCGAGCUCAGCCUCGAGGCUUUCUCGCCGGAGUACCUAGACCCUUCCAACGACGCGCUCCGCCCGAGGAUCCUCCACCCUUGGCCCACCGACGCGCCGGCGAGCGUGACCUACGGCGCGACGAUGACGCUGCAGUUCUCGGUCCCGGAGGCGGCGUCAACCAGGAGACGGCGCGGCGGCGGCGGCGCCAACGACCUCGGCGUCGUGUCGGUCACGAUGGUCGCGCCGUCGUUUACGACGCACUCGUUUGCGAUGAACCAGAGGCUGCUGUUCCUCGAGGUGACGAAGACCGCAGCGGUGCCCAACCUGGCCGGCGCCUACGAGGCGUCCGUGACGAUGCCAGCUACGGCGGUCCUGGCGCCGCCGGGCUACUACAUGGUGUUCGUGGUGAACGGGCACAUCCCCAGCGAGGGGAUCUGGAUCCACAUACAAAGACAGCAACGGGGAGGGGUAUAGAAUAUAAAGGUAUUAUCAAAAUUUAUUAAAAGUGGUGGACUUAUUUUUUAUAUAUUAUAUUUUAUGUAUAAAUAUAAAUGUAUUAUCAAAAUCUAUUAAAAAUGAUGAAUUUAUUUUCAAUUC